AUGCUCGGUGAUAGUUCACCAUGGGGUGGAAAUGAGAAAGCUUCGGCUCAGCCGUCACGAGACCGGAACAAACCUGACCGCGUGCCAUCUCAUUUUAAGGGCCCGAGGUCGCCCCCGGGACCUACCCUUGUUCCCUCGAGGAAUGGUCCUCGGUGGCCUACAAAGAGUUCUGGCCAGCCCGCACCGUGGUUUGCCGUGAACAAGACCUCAGAAGACUUUGCAGCAUCGGGAAACCCGUCCGUGAGAACCAUGGGCAAGCCUCCGGCUUAUGUAUUCGUCGUGCGGCAUGGUAACCGCCUUGACGCCGCCGACAAGCAAUGGCAUCUUACCUCCCCGACACCUUACGACCCUCCCUUGACCUACGGUGGAUGGCUACAGUGCAAAGGCCUGGGUGCUCGCAUCGCUUCCAUCCUGCAGGAGAGAGAGGAGCAGGAUGAAGCCGCCCGUGCAGUCGCCGCUGCUGCUGCUGACGGACCCCAUCACGAAGGGUCGCCGCCCAGGAAAAAGCGCCGUUACAAUGUGAUACUGCAUAGCUCGCCAUUCCUCCGCUGCAUACAGACGUCUGUGGCAAUAAGCGCCGGUCUGGCCUCCAACCCUUCGCCUUCAAGUAUCCCAAACGGCAGCCAUGUCUCUCGAACGCAAACCGCACGGGUGAGCCAGGUCUCUUCGUUCUCGAACCCGGCCCCGACACCGACCCGGCCGACGAUUACGACAGAUGUGCCUGCUAUAACCACUCCGCAAGAUUCCAGCUAUAUCCAGAAGAGCAUACUGCGCCUUGACGCCUUCCUGGGAGAAUGGGCCUCCCCCGAUUACUUCGAACACAUUACUCCACCUCCAGAAUCAGCCCUCAUGCUCGCGACAGCAAAGGCCGAACUUUUUCGGAAGGAGAUGCAUAUCAGCUACUCCCACUCCCACUCCCACUCCCCCGCUCGAAACACACUCAGCACGCCUAGUCAGCUUUGGAGUUCGCCGACUCAGACCCAGAGUUCUGCCUUGGACAGCCUUCCCAAGAUAGGCGAAUCUCUUCUUGGGAACACGGUCAACACAGGGUCAGACAACAAGGGAGUUCGAAAUAUGUCUCUCUCUGAACCGGCCUUACCUAUAGGAUACACUGCUCCGGUUCCGGCGUACGCAAUUUCGCCUUCUGAGCCGAUUCCAAUUGGUUAUGUCGCACACGCACGAGAUGCGUGCGUCGACAUUGACUAUCAGUGGGAUUCAACGCGCGACCCAUUGUUCUGGGGCGAUGGGGGCGUUUUGCCUGAAGAAUGGGCCGCCAUGCACCAACGUUUCCGAAAAGGGUUGACACGGCUGAUCGAGUGGUAUUCGACCGCUGAUCAUCCCGGGCAAAUGGUCACUAAACUGCCUACAACGUCCAAAGGUGCAGAGAAUGGCGCAGAUGGUGCAGAUGGUGCUAGAGAAGAUGCUGUCCAUGACGACACCGAGAUCGAGAAUGUUGUCAUCCUCGUCUCUCACGGUGCCGGUUGUAAUGCUCUGGUUGGUGGCAUCACAAAUCAGCCGGUGCUCGCAGAUGUGCCCAUGGCAUCCUUGACGGUGGCAAGACGACGGCCCAUCUCGAAACAUGGCGACAGUGCUAUAGGUGAACGGGCUGUGUCGUCUCUAGAAGAUGCACUCACUAGGAUAAAGCCAACAGUUCCGGAGCUCUACGAGCUUGCAAUGUUCGCCAAUACCGAACACCUGUCCGGGGGCUCCGCGUCGGUUAGUAGAUCGUCCAGCGUGAGCAGCCACACGAGGGGCCGAGCCUCAGGUCACUUCAGUUCGGCUCUUAAGGACAUCAAUUUUGGUGCUCACUACGGUCAACCUAGGGACCAUCGCAGCAACUCAGUGAACGCCUCUUUGGGUAGUCUCAGACGAAGUUCGGGCGGUACUGCCUCGACAUUGAGAUCUCCGUCGCUCAUCUCGAGCGGAGGUGUGAAAGGGGGGAUCACCGUUGGCAGUGGAGUGACCAGCUUCGGUACCUCAGCUCGGAAGAACUCGGCCAGCCUAUGGACCCCGAAGCAACAGGCCCAGGAUCCAGUUGGAGACCCGGACUUGCCCAUGACACUAGACUUCGGCCACGAACAGCAGUCCCAGAAGCCGCCUGAGACUGUUGCGGAGGUGUCAGAGGAGAAAGACGGACAGCUUUCCCGAGUGCACAGUGAAGAGCACGAUAGCUUCGAUGUGGAUGCGAUUCCGAGCUUCUCGUCUGGGUCUGGCCUUUGGGGUACCCCUCGACCACCUGAUGAGGCCGAGCGUCUAAGAGAUUUCAGCUCGCAGAAGAGGCGGUGGACUGUCACUGAACGAUAG